AAUGGUCAGGCGGCGGCGGAGGAGGAGGCGGAGGCGCAGGGGGGAGCCGAGGCCCCCGGGCUGCCCAGAGUUGUGUGCUCUUCACGGCCGCGGCCACUAGCGCGGCGCCGCCAGCCGGGAGCCAGCAAGCAGCCGAGGAGCAGGAAGGCGGGACGCGACCCCAGCGCACCCGAGCCACCUGGGCUCUCCCCGCCGCCUGCGCUUCAUGAAUCUCAAGUUUCCGCGGCGGCGGCGGCGGCUGCGGGACACGGAGCGGGAGCCGGAGAAGAGAGUGGAGCGUGGCGGGGGCUCGACGGAAGGCACCGGCGCAGGGGAGAUCCUCCCAGGCGCAGAGGGAGCUGCCGCCGGCCGCCCCACCUCCAGCUCCAGCCGAUCAACGCCAAGAAAGGAGCCGAAAAAGUAUGGCUGAUGAGGAGGCGCUUAAGAAGUCCCAGGCCGCUGCCGGCGGGAGCUGGGAACUUUGUACCCGGGCGCUCCCGACCUGGACAGCGAUGGAGGGGAGAGGGGACUGGAGCAGCCGUCGCCGACCCCCAGCUGACCCCGGGCGCUUGGCGCACCGGCUGUUGCUGCUGUUUUGGCUGCUGGAGGCUCCGCUUUUGCUGGGGGUCCGGGCGCAGGCAGCCGGCCAGGGGCCGGGGCAGGGGCCCGGGCCGGGCCAGCAACCCCCUCCACCGCCUCCGCCACAGCAGCAGAGCGGACAGCAGUACAAUGGUGAGCGGGGCAUCUCCAUCCCAGACCACGGCUAUUGCCAGCCCAUCUCCAUCCCGCUGUGCACGGACAUUGCAUACAACCAGACCAUCAUGCCCAACUUGCUGGGCCACACGAACCAAGAAGAUGCGGGCCUCGAGGUGCACCAGUUCUACCCGCUGGUGAAGGUUCAGUGCUCGGCCGAGCUCAAGUUCUUCCUGUGCUCCAUGUACGCGCCCGUGUGCACUGUGCUGGAGCAGGCACUGCCACCCUGCCGCUCCCUGUGCGAGCGCGCGCGCCAAGGCUGCGAGGCGCUCAUGAACAAGUUUGGCUUCCAGUGGCCCGAAACGCUCAAGUGCGAGAAGUUCCCGGUGCACGGCGCCGGCGAGCUGUGCGUGGGCCAGAACACUUCGGACAAGGGCACCCCAACGCCCUCGCUGCUGCCAGAGUUCUGGACUAGCAAUCCCCAGUACGGCGGCGGUGGUCACCGCGGUGGCGGCGGCUUCGCGGGGGGCGCCGGCUCUUCCGAGCGAGGCAAGUUCUCCUGCCCGCGCGCCCUCAAGGUGCCCUCCUACCUCAACUACCACUUCCUGGGGGAGAAGGACUGCGGGGCGCCCUGCGAGCCGACCAAAGUGUAUGGGCUCAUGUACUUUGGGCCUGAGGAGCUGCGCUUCUCGCGCACCUGGAUAGGAAUCUGGUCGGUGCUGUGCUGCGCCUCCACGCUCUUCACGGUGCUCACGUACCUGGUGGACAUGCGACGGUUCAGCUAUCCCGAGCGGCCCAUCAUCUUCCUGUCCGGCUGCUACACAGCGGUGGCCGUGGCUUACAUCGCCGGCUUCCUGCUGGAGGACCGGGUGGUGUGUAACGACAAGUUUGCCGAGGACGGGGCGCGCACGGUGGCGCAGGGCACCAAGAAGGAGGGCUGCACCAUCCUCUUCAUGAUGCUCUACUUCUUCAGCAUGGCCAGCUCCAUCUGGUGGGUGAUCCUUUCGCUCACCUGGUUCCUGGCGGCCGGCAUGAAGUGGGGGCAUGAGGCGAUCGAGGCCAACUCGCAGUACUUCCACUUGGCCGCCUGGGCCGUGCCGGCUAUCAAGACUAUCACCAUCCUGGCGCUGGGCCAGGUGGACGGCGACGUCCUGAGCGGGGUGUGCUUCGUGGGGCUUAACAACGUGGACGCCCUGCGUGGCUUUGUCCUGGCGCCCCUCUUCGUGUACUUGUUCAUCGGCACCUCCUUCCUGCUGGCGGGCUUCGUGUCGCUCUUCCGCAUCCGUACCAUCAUGAAACACGAUGGCACUAAGACUGAGAAGUUGGAAAAGCUCAUGGUGCGAAUUGGGGUCUUCAGCGUGCUCUACACGGUCCCCGCCACCAUUGUCAUCGCCUGCUACUUCUAUGAACAGGCCUUCCGGGACCAGUGGGAGCGCAGCUGGGUGGCCCAGAGCUGCAAGAGCUACGCCAUCCCCUGCCCCCACCUCCAGGGAGGUGGGGGUGCCCCACCACACCCGCCCAUGAGCCCCGACUUCACAGUCUUCAUGAUCAAGUACCUUAUGACACUGAUCGUGGGCAUCACGUCGGGUUUCUGGAUCUGGUCUGGAAAGACUCUCAACUCUUGGAGGAAGUUCUACACCAGGCUGACCAACAGUAAACAGGGGGAGACCACCGUCUGAGACCUGGGGGGCACAGCUGGUUACCACCCCUCAGCCUGGCGCCAGUCCCAACCACCCUGUGAAAGCUGGCCCUUGGAAUCCUUUCCUAGCCUGGUUUACUUAUUCUCUCACUUAACAGCAUAGAUCCUGCAAAAAACAUCCUUCCCUAGGAGCAUAGGGCCCCGGGGAUCCUUACUGCCCAGAGGGGACAUGGACAAAUCUAUUUCUCACCCUCUUAUACCAGGACUUUACGCUUUUAUGAUUGUAAAUAGCCUGUGUAAGAUUUUUGUAAGUAUAUUUGUAUUUAAAUGA